UUUUUGUAUAAAUUAAAAAUUUUGACUUGGACAGUAGAUUUUUGGAAACCAAACGAUAAGAACUUCGUUAAAAAAAUUUCAGUGCAUUAUUUCAAUAAAAAAAAAUAAAACAGGAGACUCAAGGGACUCCUGCGUUAGUUUCCUGGAAGAACGGGUUUGACUGCAAGCGUAGUUAUGCGUUAUAUAAAACUGGAUGAAUCACAACUCACCCCUCUUUUUAAAUUGAGUUGGAAAACAUUGUACAGGACGACCAGGAGGACCCUAAAAAGUAAACUUGGAGCGACAAGUCAUCAUCACUACCACCACCAACAACAACAACACCGCUACCCUAAACAUAUGUGGGAUUUUAUAAGGAAAAAUAGCGAUUUUCAAGAAUACCCUACAGAUAAAAUCAAAUCGAUCGAAGAAACGAGACUUUCAAAUUCAAAUUUCCCAAAAACGCCACAAAAACCGGGAAAUAAUUACACAAUUAAUAUUUACUACAACGACCCGAAAAAAAUGAAGAAAAACGAGAUAGUACCAAAAGGAAAAGAUGAACUCCUUCACGAAUUAGGAGGUACAAUGGAAGAGGGUCAAUACGAUGAGACGUUAAGACAAGUGCUUUUAUUGCAUCUAUUGAAAGAACAUCGAUCCGUUUUAGAAAGGAAUUUCAAAAAGUUUUUAGACAACGAUUUAAAAGAUAUGAAUCCAAAUAAAGUCACGUUACUCAAAAAUUAUCUCGAAGAAAAAUCGACGACGCAACAAAAACAACUACAAGAAAAACAACUCCAACAAGAACCAUCUCCAGAGUAUGUUUUAAAUGCCCUUCGAAGCUCAACAGAACAAAAAAAGAUGGCUUUCGUCCGAGAAGCUUUAGAACUUUGCGAUAAAAUCAUCGAAGAAUCAAACUUAGAAGAAGAUGAAACAUUAAAAACCCAUGAUGCAUCACAACCAGUUGAAACGAGCGGUUCAAUAAAAGAAUAUCAACCAAAAUUAAAAGGGGAAAUUGUAGAUUUCGAAACCAAUCAAGAAAUACAAGAAAGAAACUAUCAUUUUAAAAAACUCGAAGUCGAGGCGGAAGAUGUUGACGAAAAUGACGCGUUUAGAAAAAUCGUCGAAGAGGAUAAAAAGGAAAUCAAAUGUAGCAAAGAAUUUGAAACGGACGCAAAUUUGGGUGCUUCAAAAGAAUCGAUGACGAAGAGUGCGAAGACGCCAACAUCGUCUUCGUCGUCUUCGGCUUGAACGGCAACAACCAAAGCGGCGUCGUAACUGUAUGCACGCUCCAAGAAGAAAACAAGAUGAUGUCCCAACUAAAAUGAAAAAAAUCUGUCAUAAAAUUGAUUCUUUAUUCUUAUAUUACUAACCGUUACAGUGAAAAUAAUAAAAUUGAAACUAUGAA